GACCGCGCCGGCCCCGUGCGCAGCCACAGCCCUUUGUGCUGCGGGGACACGCCGGGCUUUUGCAUUCAGGGCACAGUGCGUGCAGCCUCCCGGCUCCCCCAGCUCAUGGGUAUUCAUGGCGGCGGCAGCCCUCGCCCUCCCAUCACCAUGGCAUCGGGCUGCCGGCAGGAACUGCCUGCCCUUUUCCCAGCCUUUGCAGCCAAGACACUGCGUGCACUGCACGAGUGCCCGGUACCGGCCCUCACUGGCCCCUCGCCCACCCCGACAGUUUGCGCAGGGCUUUGCAACGGCACAGGGCACCAGAAAUGAAGAUGGGGAUGGGGAUGGAGGUGGGGGUGGGAUGGUGAGGAUAGGAAUGGGAUUUCGGUCUGUCUGUCAGGCACCUGGGCCACCCCUCCAGGAGACAACACCAAGCGAUGCUGUGACCUUCAGCGUGUGGCAGUGGCGUGCCCCGCUCGGUCUGGAGCCACACAGGGGAAUAUUAGCCAGUUCCUGUUAUUGAGUAGCUGUCUGAGCUGAUGGGAUUAGCGCUGGCGUCCGCGUUAUUGCAGCUUUGGUGUUAAGCUGCUAAGUGAAGCGCAAACUCAACGAGGCUGCCGAGCAUUUCACGCUCACUCCCAGCCCCGGUGCUGGCAACGUGGCACCCAGCAGCUCAGCGCAAGAAGGAUGCUGUGUGCACGGGGAGUGCAUGGGCACAAAGGCCAGGAGUGCGUGCAGCAGGGCAGGAUGGCUGUGGCAUUGGCCAGGGCUCUCCGCAGGGUAGGGAGGCUGUGGCCAAGCAGGGGGUGCUCAGCCCAUCUGCCCCUUUUGUGUUGAGUGCCCGGCCCCGGCACAGUGCCACCGCAGCCGGGGGUGUUCUUAUGCCAGGGAGGGCACUUGAGGACAGGGGCUGAAUCCAGAGUGUCUGGAGGAGGAUGGGGAUGGGGGAUAAGGAGCUCCAUCCUUGAGCACAGCCUGGUGCAGGGGGGGUGAAGGAGGAAUGUGGGAUUAGAUGGCGUCUCCAGAUGUUGAGUGUGGGCAGAUGUGGCCACAGCUCGGGGGUAGGGUGCCCGUGUGGCCCCGCUCCACUGAGGUGGGAUGGAAGAUGAGCUGCCCAUCAGCUGUGUGCUGUGCUCCCAGCCCUCCCCAGCCCCUCGUGGGGGGCAGCAGGGACACAAGAGGACCAGGGUACAGAGCACCUGGCCCCUUGGAUGUGCCCAGCCAGCAGCUCCGCGGCCCAGCAAGGUGGGUGACCCAAGGCACAGCACAAACAGAGCAAACAGUCCGGGUGCACGUUCCUGCUGCAACGGGGAGCAGGGGCCAGGUGGGCCAAGGGGCCCCCGCAGAGGCACAGCCUGUUAAUGGCUCACCACAUCUGCUGCUGCCUCAUUUAACCACCCGCCUGCAAAACAACAGCUUGCCGGGAGCGUUGCCUGGCGGCACUGUGCCAGCAUGGCUCCGUCCUGCAGGGUCCCCCACUGCGCCUGGCUGGGGGCUGUCACCCCUUAGCUGGGCACAGGGCAGGGCAGCACAGGUUGCAAGGGUGAGGAAUGUGGGGAGCACGGGGACAGCGCUGGCAGCGCUGUGUUCAGCCCCUAAACCUCACGGGAUGGAGAAGCUGCUGUACUGGCCCCGGGAACUGCAGACCCAUGCCAGGCAGAUCCUGCAAAGUCUGUGAUCGCAGAGGCAAGCAGGGGACAUCAGUGUCCCCACUGGCAGCUCCUACAUCCCCGUGCUGCUGGGGAGACUGAGGCACAAGCAGACAUUCCCUGCAGCAUGGCCUCCACGUGAGGGGACUGGAGUAGUACGCAAGCACAGACACACACGUGUGAGUACACACUCAGACAAACCCAGACCUGGCUCAGGAGCGAGGCUGUGUCCAUCUGUCCUGGAGGCAAGGAAGGAGCCUCUGCUGUGGGAGGGACUGCAAAGCGUCGGCGCCUGUGCUCCCCUGAGCCUCCAGCCAACACGUGGUGGAGGGCGAUGGUUCCGGUGCCCAACAGCACGGCGGUGACAUGGCCGGAGCCGGAGCGGUCACCCUGCAUGGUUGGCAUCUUCCCCGUCGUGUACUACAGCGUCCUGCUGGGCCUGGGGCUGCCAGUGAACAUCCUGACUGCCGUGGCCCUGUCCCGCCUGGCCACGAGGACCAAGAAGUCGUCCUACUGGUACCUGCUGGCCCUCACCACCUCCGACAUCCUCACCCAGGUCUUCAUCAUCUUCGUGGGCUUCAUCCUGCAGACGGCCAUCCUGGCGCGGGCGGUGCCCCGCGCCUUCGUCCACAUCGUCAACGUUUUGGAGUUCACGGCCAACCACGCCUCCAUCUGGGUCACCGUCCUGCUCACCGUGGACCGCUACGUGGCCCUGUGCCACCCGCUGCGGUACCGCACCGUCUCCUACCCCCGCCGCACCCGCAGGAUCAUCGCUGCCGUCUUUGCUGUGGCUCUGGCCACCGGCAUCCCCUUCUACUGGUGGUUGGACGCCUGGCGUGACGCCGACCCGCCCACCGCGCUGGACAGGGUGCUCAAAUGGGUGCACUGCGUCACCAUCUACUUCCUGCCCUGCAGCAUCUUCCUGGCCGCCAACUCCGUCAUCAUUCACAAACUGAAGCAGCGCGGGCGCUCCGGGGGCCGCCGACCGCACCGGGGCAAAACCACAGCCCUCCUCCUGGCCGUCACCGCCGUGUUCAUCGUGCUCUGGGCGCCCCGCACCGCUGUCAUGAUGUGCCACCUCUACGUGGCCUCGGUCAAGAGGGACUGGCGCGUGCACCUGGCCCUGGACGUCGCCAACAUGGCGGCCAUGCUCAACACCACCCUCAACUUCUUCCUCUAUUGCUUUGUCAGCGACACGUUCCGCCGCGCCGUCAGCGAGGUGCUCCGUGCCCACGCGUGGCAUGGCCUCCGCCACGGCGGCGCCCGCCUCGUGUCCCCAACCCUGAGCCCAUCGCAGCUGCUGGGCACGGCGUGCUCAGCAAGGGGGUGCCGCCAUGCAGGGGUCUCGGUGCUCACCCAGCACCCGGUGGGGCCGUGCCCAAGGGAUGCCGCCCCACUGUGCCCACAGAGCUGCGGUGCUGGGGGCGGGGGGAGCUCACAGCCCCUCUCCAGCUCCAACAGCGCAGCAAAGCCGCCCCCAGGGUUGGGCCCGGGUGAGCUCCGCAGCCCCGGGGAGGAGGCAAUGUGAUGGGGGUUGAGCUCUCCUGCAUAAACUCUGAUGUUUGGUCUGCAAUGCUGUGUGGGUCUGGCUCCGUCUGAGUCCCUCUGCUCAGCCUGGUGCCCUCGGGGUGCUGCAGUCCUGUGUGACCCGGCUCCCACCCACGUCCCCACUGCGUGGCACGCACACAGUUCAGAGCCACGAUCCCGCUUACACCACCACGCCGCUGCGAUGCUGAGCGAGCAGCCGGGGCCGUGCCAGCCUGCCUGUCCCCAGCUGCCACCAGAGGGCAGGGACAGGACGCCCAGCAGAGCUGGCACAGGCAGCAGCAGGGAGCUGGCACCCUACACCCCAUGGGAGCAGGCGGGUCCAGAGCAACAGCCCUGCCUGCCCCACUUUCCAUCCUAAUUCUCCCAUAAGGUCCUUACUAUAAUCCCCCCCAAACAGAGCGGCCUUUCCGCUGUAAUUCCUCAUAAAGCAGCACCCAUGGAGCUGCCCCAGUGCUGGGGCUCGGCUGGCCCUGGAGUAUUUGGGCUGCCCCAAGCAGGGCACAGAGAGCAGCCCAGUGCCCUGUGCCCAUCAGGCUGAGCCCGGCACUGUGUUGGGAUGGGGCACAGUAGGCUGCCCACCCACCUUUGCGUCCACUGCACAUAAGGUGAGCCCAGGAUGACCUCGUGAUGUGGGGCUGACCCACAUGGGCACAGGCACACAUCCAGGGCAACGCACCUCGCACUCAGCAGCCCUGGGCACGAUGCCGACCCCUGCAUUAC